AUGGCUUCUCCAUCACGUGCCUCCCUCUCUCUCCUCGCUCUCCUCACCCUACUCUCCACCGUCUCCGCCCACAACAUCACCCAAAUCCUCUCCGAAUCACCAGACUACUCCUCCUUCAACACCUACCUCUCCCAAACCAAACUCGCCGACGAAAUCAACAGCCGCACCACCAUCACCCUCCUCGUCCUCAACAACAACGCCAUGUCCUCCCUCGCCGGAAAACACCCCCUCUCCGUCGUCAAAAACGCCCUAUCCCUCCUCCUCCUCCUCGACUACUACGACCCCAUAAAACUCCACAAAAUCUCCCAAGGCACCACUCUCGUCACCACUCUCUACCAAACCACCGGCAACGCCCCCGGAAACCUCGGCUUCGUCAACGUCACCGAUCUCAAAGGCGGUAAAGUCGGCUUCGGCUCCGCCUCUCCUGGCUCCAAGCUCGCUUCCACCUACACGAAGUCAGUUAAACAGAUACCUUACAACAUCUCCGUCCUCGAAAUCGACGCUCCGAUCAUCGCUCCCGGAAUCUUAACCGCUCCGGCCCCUUCCUCCGACGGGCUCAACAACCUCACGGGGCUUCUCGAGAGAGCGGGGUGUAAAACGUUCGCGGGCUUACUCGUAUCAAGCGGGGUGGUGAAAACCUACGUGUCAACCGUUGAAAAAGGGUUGACUGUUUUCGCACCGUCCGAUGAAGCUUUUAGAGCGAAAGGCGUACCGGAUCUGACGAGGCUCACGCAAGCUGAGACUAAUAAAGAAGCCAUCUCCACGUUGGCAACUAACGGCGCGGGAAAAUACGAUUUAACGACGUCAACUUCCGGCGAUGAGGUUGUUCUCCACACCGGAGUUGGUCCGUCGAGGCUUGCCGAUACGGUGGUUGAUGAGACGCCGGUGGUGAUAUUCACGGUGGAUAAAGUUCUCCUCCCGACGGAGCUUUUCGGGAAAUCGCCGUCGCCGGCGCCGGCGCCGGAACCGGUGAGUGCACCGACGCCGUCUCCGGCUAAGUCACCGUCUCCGGCGGAAGCGCCGUCGCCGGUUGCUGCGUCUCCGCCGGCUCCUCCGGUGGAUGAUUCGCCGGAAGGAGCUCCGUCAGACUCGCCGACAAGUUCGGAGGACAGCAAUGCUAAAAACGCGGCGUUUCACGUGAGGGGUUCUGCGUACGGCACCGUAUUGGUCACACUUGCCGCCACAUCUCUGUUGCUGUGA